AUGUCUGUUGAGGCUGAUGUCAUCAAGGCUGAUCCAUUAUUGAGUAGAACAAAUGAUGGGUUGCAUGUUGAUGAAGAAUAUGCAAUUGACUUUAAUAAAACAUACAGUAACAAUGCAAUGAGACAUUGUCUGUUGAAAACUGGUAGCAAUGAUAAUAUUUCGUAUCCUUCCCAUGAUUUUAUGAUGCUGAGUGCAACAACAAGUGUACGGAAAGAGGGUUAUGGAAUUAUUGACACAAUGGUUGUAGAUCAUGAUAAUGGUGGAUUUUUAGUAAAUAAUGUAAUCCAACUCAAUUUAAAAGCCAACGGGAGUCUUAGCUGGUCAAUUCAAGGCAUGUGGCUGCAACCACACAUCAGUUUUCAUUCAACAAAUCUUAUGAUGAUUUCAUGGAAAAAUGGUACUGACUUUCAGAGUGAUUGGAUAGGCUAUGUAGUUAUCAACAACACUGAUAUAAAUUCAUUGGGUAUAAAUCCAAUUGGUGAUCAAGGCCAAUCAACUGAUCUUCCAACAAGAAGCAUCAUCAAUUUUCGUGGAUAUUUCAAUAUAGGUGUUGAAUUUAAUGAUACACUUAGCUUGGAUGCUGAAAUUUGGUGUGAAGGAUAUACUGGAAUUGACAAUAUUUCAGAAAAUAUAGUUGGUGUUAACUGCUGGACAUUACUUGGAUUUCUCAUACAAACUACACAAGGUACUGAACAAACUUUUUACAGCUGUGCUAGCGCAGUUGAAGCAAGUGUAAAGACUAUCAAAUUGCAAUCUAGCACAACAGGAGCAUUUAAUGUAACAGAUGUGCAAACCAUUCCAGCACAAUGGUAUAUUGAAAAGGGAGUCCUUAAUAUUACUGACAUGGAUCCUGGUGGGGAGGAGUUGAAUUUGGAGAAAAACUUCCUAAUAAUAGUUUAUUAG